GCUCCGUAUAAUAGACGUAGCGGUAGUACUACGAGACUAACGCUUCACGUGAUGGAGAGGCUAGGCUGGAGCCGUAGUAAAUGGAUAGCCACAGCGGCGAGCGUGUGGAUCCAGGCCAGCUGCGGCGGAUCCUACGCCUUCGGUAUCUACUCCCCACUUCUCAAAUCCUCCCAGGCCUAUGACCAAUCCACCCUCGACACUGUUUCCGUCUUCAAGGACAUCGGCGCUAACGCCGGCAUCCUCUCCGGACUUCUCUACUCCGCAGUCUCCAAUUCCAGCUCUCCUCGCAGAGGCCCGUGGCUGGUCCACCUCGCCGGAUCUGUCCAGUGUUUCGUUGGGUACUUCUUCAUCUGGCUUGCCGUCGUCGGGGUUAUUCCUCGGCCGCCGCCGGUGGCGAUUAUGUGCCUCUUCAUGUUUAUCGCCGCUCAUUCCCAGACUUUUUUCAAUACGGCAAAUGUUGUCACAGCAGUUCGGAAUUUCCCCUGCAAUGGUGGCACAGUCGUAGGAAUAAUGAAGGGCUUUCUGGGAUUGAGUGGAGCAAUACUAAUACAAGUGUAUCAAACGUUAUUCAACAAUAACCCAAGUGCAUUGAUAUUGAUGCUUGCAUUAUCGCCAACCCUAAUCAGCCUUGUGCUCAUGUGCUUAGUCAAAGUCCACCAAACGUCGCCCCCUUGGACUGAUGAGAAACAUUUGAACAAUUUCUUGAUUAUCUCGUUGCUUAUUGCAACAUAUCUAUUGUUGCUAAGAGUCAUGGAGGACAGCUUUCUGUUUUCGCAAAGGGCACAAAUCAUUGCAUUCCUAGUGCUAGUUGUUCUACUCUUCUUGCCUUUGGGUAUUGCAAUCAAACCCCAACAAGCAAGCUUAUUCAGCCCCGCACAUGCAACAAGGCCGUUGUUAAAUGACUCCAUUGCUGAACAAGGAGACAACUUUAAGGGCGGCCACUCUAUUAUUCCAUGUGCAGUGGAAGAAAUGAACCUAUUAAAAGCCAUUUCCACCCUCAACUUUUGGCUGUUGUUUGUUGCAAUGGCAUGUGGGAUGGGGUCAGGACUCGCCACAAUAAAUAACCUCAGCCAGAUAGGGGAAUCACUAGGUUACACGACAUCACAGAGAAGUACCUUAGUUUCUCUGUGGAGUAUUUGGAACUUUUUAGGCCGUCUUGGGGCUGGAUAUGUAUCAGACAUUUUACUGCUCAGAAAAGGUUGGCCGAGGCCGUUGUUCAUUGCUCUCACCCUGGCAGCCAUGUCAGCUGGCCAUGUCAUUAUUGCAUCUGGCUUCCCAGGAAAUUUAUAUGUGGGGUCCCUACUAGUUGGGAUUUGUUAUGGCUCACAGUGGUCAUUGAUGCCCACCAUAACUAAGGAGAUAUUUGGCGUUCUGCAUAUGGGGACAUUAUUCAAUACAAUUGCUAUAGCCAGUCCCAUUGGAUCAUACUUGCUCUCCGUUAGAGUGAUCGGGCAUGUGUAUGAUAAAGAGGCUUCUGGAACGGGCCAUUCAUGCUACGGGACUAGUUGUUUCAUGCUGUCGUAUUUUAUAUUGGCUUCUGUUACUUUCUUUGGUUUUCUUGUUGCUUUGUUAUUGUUAAAAAGGACAAGAAGUUUCUAUUCCCAUGCUUUGCUGCUGAGAUAAGUUUGUUUGUGCUUUGUACAGUGUUACACAAGCACUUCAAGGCUGUCUAUGGUAUUGUGUGUGUAUGUAAAAAAAUGUAUGCAUCCUACUAGACUUACAACUUUACAUAUGAAAUGAAAAC